CGAACUGUGGACGCCAAGCGAGAGUCGAGGAAGAAUUGGCAUUGCCUUUCAAAUAAUCACAGUCGCCCGCCCACUGUCCGAUGCUGUUUGCAUCGAAAAUAUUGUCGAAUGCAUGAAAAAGAUCAUCUCUGCUGUUGUGAAAGCGCUUUGCGAGUAAGAUUCUCAGCACCAAACAGACGAGCGUGGCACUGUUACGUCUGAAGUUGUGAGCGAGAAGCUGCAACGUGAUGGAGGUUGAGAAUAAAGAAGGAACCAAGAGCCCUCUGCCCAAUGGCAGCACCCAUCCACCCAAACGUGGACGAGGCAGACCACGAGGGUCAGUCAAUAAGAAGUUCACUGUUGAGAAAGCGCCGACACACAAUGCUAGGCCAUCGAAAAAGGUGGACUUCUUUUCUCCUGACAUAGUCAUAAAGACCAAGGUGAAGAAACGUGGUCGACCUAAGAAGAUAAAAAUGCCCGGUAGGCCGAGAAAGAUCCCACUCACGCCUGAGGAAGAAUCAGAGAGACUUCAGAGGAUGAGUUUACAACGCAAGCGGAGACUGUCAAAGCCCCUCGGAAGACCACGCAUUCAUCCCAUCGCUGAAGGUCCCAAGGUAAAAAGGGGAAGAGGAAGACCACGCAAGUAUGGAGCAAAAUCCGGUACGCAAAGCGGCGGAGACAAACACGAUGACGUCGAAAGCAGCAUUGAUGUCUCCAACGGCUCUCCACGAAAAAGAGGAAGACCAGCAGGCUCGAUGAAAAGGAAGCGGGGUCGGCCCGCAGGUUCUGCCAAGAUUGCCAGGGCUUCAGAUGGAACCCCAAAGAAGAGAGGCCGCCCUCCAGGCUCUCCCAACAAGGUGAAGAAGAUUCAGCGGGCUGACGGAUCUCCACGCAAGAGAGGCCGACCCCCAGGCUCCGGAACCAAACUGAAGGUCAUUCAGCGAAACCUUGACGGAACUCCUCGCAAGAGGGGCCGACCUCCAGGUUCUGGCAAAAAGGUCAAGAUUGUUGAAAAGAACGUCGGAGACACUCCCCGCAAGAGAGGCCGACCUCCAGGUACUGGCAAAGUCAAGGCUCCAGAAGGUGGAGAGACGGGAGGUGAGAAUGCCGAUGGCGCCGCUCCGCGUCGUAAGAGAGGACGUCCAAGCAAAGUCAGACUCGCAGUCGUUCUCGAAAAACUCCCCUCGGCGUCUGCGGAAGAAGACGAAGAGGAGACCGACGCCCCCUCUCCCAAACAGUCUCGCACCUCCGAUGAUUCGUCGCAAAAUCCAAAUGAAGAUGAUGAAGAUACCAGGGUGAGCGAGAACGACGCAGACCCAGAAGAGGAUGAUGAUGAGGCCGUUGAUUGUUCAAAAGUCAACAACACAAGCGAGAACGAGAUGGUGGGCAAAUUCAAAAAAAAGAAAUAAAAAGAUAAGGGGCUUCAUUGAAAAUUGGUGGGUAUAUUUUUCGAAGGGUUUUAAUAGGCUAUGUCAUUUUUUUUUUAUCUGACAAAGUUUGCUUUUGAUGUUGCCUGCCAUGCCAGACUGUAUUCCCUCUUUCUUAUUUUGAAGCUCAUUAACUGAAAUGUUUGCUAGCAGUCUGAUUGAGCACUUUUUUUUUUUUUUUGCAUGGAAAAAAAUGUUUGUCUGCAUAAUUUGAAGCAUGCAAACUAGAAGGACAAGUAUGUAGCCUGUUAACAUCAAAAAGAUGAUGCACAAUUAACGGUUCCAUUGAAAACGUUACCAUGCUAAGCACACACCUUAUUUGCUACCAAUGGCUUUUGCCAAAGCAACUGACAAACCAGACUGUUUCAGAUGUGGUAUCCUCAUACAUGUGCAGUAGUCUGUGUGCACAGGAUUUUAAAGUACUCAAAGCUAAUUUUUAAAAUUGAAAUCACCAAGACGGUUUUUAGUCGACGUAGUAGUGGCUGUGAAAAUCUGCAGCUUUUUCCAAGAUGACAGUUCAGCGCGUCUUUGCUGUAGAUUGAUUUCUUUUAUCAUCGUAGGUUCAUUUAUACUUCAACCCUGUAAAAUCAGUCCUGCCGAGUUCAGUGUUUUAUAGUGAAAUGGUCUUAUUUUAUGCUUUGUAUCAGAUCUUUGUCUGAUGGGUCGUUCAUAUAUAGGUGUUGAGUGGUUAGUUUAUGACACCCCCUCAUUUUUGCUAAAAUAUUGUGAUUGCUUUGUUUUCAAGACAUGCCAUUUGUUUUUCAAAAUGUGAAUACAUACAAAUUCUGCUUUGACAGUAGGCACAUGGGUCCUGAUUUUUUUUUUCAUAUGAUUUUUGGCUUUUUAUAUACAUUUUUUGUUGCUCCUGUCUUUUUGAACUUUUUCUCAUGGAACCGUGUUAUUUUUUUUCUUUCUCCUUUAUUUGCUUAGUUUGUGUAAAAGCGUAGACUUUGUCUCUUGCUAUAAACUGUAGAUCUCGUCUUGAUUAAUUUUCAUGUAUGAUUUAGUUUGAAUCUGUAUGUACCAGUAGAUGCUGAAAACAGAUUUUUUUUAGCUUGCAUCUAGAAAUGUUCUUUCAUGUUAAUAAAACGGAUACUGUUCAGACAUGAUGGUUCAAUAGACAUUAAGUGCAUUUCAUGUACACGCUCUUUAAUUAGGUUACUCAUCUGUGCUGUAGUUCGAAACAUUUCUGUAUCGCCGCUUUGUAUGAUUCAUUUCACUGUGAUUUGGAUGAUCAUUGUUGCUGAUUAAUAACCAAUUAAAUCAUACCAUAUUCACCAA